UUCCGUGCAGCCGUAUUAAGACAUAGGACCAUUAAGAGGGGGUGAGCUCCUGAGGCCACGGCCCUUCCAUGGUUUAAUGAGAGGUUGUUGAGGGAGUUCAUGAUAAAAGGAUGAGUGAUCUCUCUCCCCCUCCUUUUCUCUCUCCCUUCCAUACCACCUUUCAUCUUGGGACAGUGCAGCAAUAGGGCCCUGACAACAUGCCAGCACUUUUAUAUUAGAUUUCUCAGUCUCCAGAGCUGUGAGAAAUAAAUUUCCCAGUCAGUAGUAUCCUUUCAUAACACUAGAAGGUAGACAGAUGAUACACUGGAUGGAGUCACUGAAGUUUGUAUCCCCCAGCAUAGGGAAACAAUGAUAUCAUCUGCUGAGCUGUGGAUGCAGACUGACUUUUGGCUUUAUCAAUAUGCUUACUGCCCUGUGGCUUAUAGUGACCUUGUAGUCAGAAGACACUUAUUUUCUAUUUUUUAAUCAUUAUAAACCAGCUUCUUCCUUCAACUUCCGUGUACGCACACACAAGUGCGUGGGUUCUUUAUGGUGAGAGCAGUUAGUUUCUAGGUCUGUGUUUCAAUUUUCCUUUUAGUAUUGCAACGGGUAGAUUUGAUAAGCAGACCCUUGCCAACUCUACCCUGAGUCACCCAUCACAGGUUUCGAUGGGGGAUCGCAGCACACAGUGGGGAGGAGACAACCACCCUCUGCUUUAGUACGGUAGUUCUCAACCUGUGGGUCGAAACUCCUGUGAGAGUCAAAGGACCCGGUAUCAGGGGUUGCUGAAGACCAUCAGAGAACACAGAUAUUUACAUUAUGACUUGUAACAAUAGCAAAGUGACAGUUAAUGAAGUAGCCAUGAAAAUCAUUUGAUGGCGGAGGGGGGUGGGUCACUACAAUAAGAGAAACUGUAUUAAUGGGUCACAGCACUGGCAAGAUUGAGGACCACUGCUUUCUUAGGACCUGGGUGUCAGUCAUCACUCUGGAUCCUCCUUGCUUCUCAUAGCACUCGAUGUGGUUUUUUUCACCUUGUCCGUGUGGAUCUUCACAAGCUUUGAGAAAUGCUCAGACAGAAUGGUGAUUCACAGGCGUGCCAUUUCCCUGGCUGGGUUUGCUGUGCCUUUGAGGAUUCCUGCAAUGCUUUCUCCACACAAGCUCUUCUGGGUGAGCGUGACUUUACGCAUGUGCUCUAAGGAACACCAGGGUUUAAUGAAAACUCUUUGUUUCCCUACUGGGAUCCGUUUUACAACUGUAGGCAAGAACAUUCAUCCCUUCAUCCCCUUUAAAAGACAUCCCCAUAAAAGGCGUUAUGGACAUCCUACUAUUGAGACUCCAGUGCCUAUAACGCGCUACUCUAGAUGGUUUCUGGAAACAGCAAGCACACUGUUGUGCGUGGUUACUCUUUUCUAGCAAAAAAUAUUUGAAAUGUCUGCCAGAUGACAUUUUAGACAUUUAACCACAUUUUAAGUAUUUUAUGUGAAAAAAAAAAAACCUAGACAAACCACUUAAUAGAACCAAGCACUCCCCCUCAUCACCACCACAUAAAAUUUUUUUAAUAUAUUUACAUUUGGUUAUAUUUUUGUGUGUUCAGUCAGUUUUUGUACAAGGGACAAAUACAUAGUCAUGUAGAAGGCCUAGAGCUCCAAAUUGUAGCAUUUAAAAAACAGGUCAGCGUUUUCAUUCCUAUCAAUUUAGCUGUUUCCUGAGGCCUCCUAUGUCCCCUGCCUGAUCAGGUACCUCGAGGCAGAUAGGUUCCUGGUGGCUGAAGUGAAAUAGUUAACCUUUCACGGAGCAAGUGAAGACCUCAGAGCGCUCUGUCAAUGCUGUCAACGUGGCCAAUGUUGAAUCUCUCGCCCCCCUGAACUUCAGAAGCUUUGGUUUUGCCGAGGCAGCUGUGGCAUUGUGGGAUGUGACCUGGCAGCUUGAACCAACCAUGGAGGAACUGCCCCGUGUCCCGCAGACAGAGCCUCAAGAAGAACCUGCUUCUGCAGCUGCUGGUGAAGCAGAUGUCCUAACUGAAACAGAGAGACAUCGGACUCCUAGAAAGCCAAGUCUGAAUCCACGAAUGAGGAGGUGGGUUUAUUAUGGCGUCCCACACAUGAAGAAGCUUGAGAGUCAUACAUUUGAAGGCUGGAAGAGCAAGCUUUUAACCUUUCCAGUUCUGUGACCUUUCCCUGGGUCAUCCUCUCACGGCUGACGUUCCAGGCAUCGCUAGGUUCCAGAUCAUUUCCAUGAGAUGAAGAAAAAACUUUCUUUUUAAUCAAGGAGGAAUGUUUUAUCCUAGAAAGUUCUCAGAAGACCCCCCUGACGCAUGACUAAACAGAAGAUGGUAGAAACUAUCCCUAAAUCAGUGGCCGCUUUGGGCAAUAGAAUUACUGUGGUAUUGUAUUAUGUUAAGACUCAACUCCUAGAGGUUUAAAGGGGGCGUCUAGCUGAACUCAUAAGACAGUGUAAACAAGGCCCAAGUUCAGUUAAUCAAUGAUUGGACUGAGUUGCUUUGAACGUGCAUCCAAUACCAAUCACUAGUAAUUGUGACAUGCAUUUUCUGCUUGAGGUGUGUGUUCAUGUUUGUGUGUGUUCAUGUCCGUGUGUAGAGGCCAGAGAACAACAUAUGUUGUCAUUACUCUGACACCAUCUGCCUGGUUUCUGAGAUGAAGUCUCCCACUGGCCUGAAAUCUGCCCAAGAAGGCUGGGCAAGGUUAGUUGUUGAACUCUGGGGAUCUCUACCAGUUUGGGCUGUUUUCACGUGGGCUCUGGCCAUUGAACUCAGGUCAUCAUGACCAGGAGUCAGGUGCCUACUGACUGAGCCAUCCACCCAGCCCAUGUCUUUUGAGACACUGCAGAAGAAAAGAUUAUUUUGGACCCUACAAGAUAAGAUAAGAUGUAUUCUGUCUAAAGAAUGAUAAGAUGUAUUCUGCCUAAAUAGUACAGAAGUUAUUUGUAAUACUAAGAAGAAAACAAUUUCUCUUUGAGACAGGGCUUUUCUGUUUAGCCCUGGCAGUCCUGAAACUAACUCUGUAAACUAGCUUGGCCUUGAACUCAGAGAACUGCCUGCCUCUGCCUCCUGAGUGCUAAGAUUAAAAGUGUGCACUACCAUGCCCUGCUUGAAAAGAAAUCACCUCCCCCCCCAACAUGAUAUUUUUAUUAAUUAUUUGGGGAUUUUGUACAAUGCACCCCAACCACACUGACUUCUCAUUCCCUCCAGGAAACCUUGUACCCACUGCAAACCCCACAGAAAAACCCCAUGGAGUUCAAUUUGUGUUGCCUGUACACUCACUGGAGCCAGCCCCUUAAAGAAACCAAGUCACGUGAUCUGCAAACACUCCCCACCCUAAGUCAUCAGCUCUAGAGAGAGACACUUCAGCAUCUUCAUUUCAAUUGUUAAGGACUCUUCAGUAACUUUCUGUCUGGACGGUUUCUUUUUUCAUGGGGGGGGGUACAGGGUGAGGCGAGGGAGUUGUCGCAGAAGCCUUCAGUGUCUCUCAUUCUCAGUUAUGAAUCCACAGUCAUCAGCAUCACCACAAAAGAGGUUUCCUUUUCUGUAGCAGCUGGUGGCAGCAGGGAUCACAGACAUCAAUGCGGCCUACACCCUUUCAGUCAACAGAGGACAUAGUAACUGAGUAUGGGAUACUGCUGUUGAGCUCACACAUUCACUCUUUGCUCUCCUUUGCUGAUAAGCUUGGGGCAGCACAGUGCUGCUGUCAACUUCCUUGUCGAUAGUGGUGGCCACAUGGCAUUCUGGCCAAUGGGUAGAAUUCCUCUGAAUGUUGCUUUUCUGGAAACUCUUAUUUUCACAACAAACUAAUAUAGAGUUAGAAGAUAGAAGGCCCUCAGGGACCUCCCCCUUCCUACUGCAAGAUGAUAUCAGGUGCUGAAGCAGCUUUCUUGAUACCGUGAAGUACCAAGCAUGGGGAAAUAUUCAUACUGGAGUCUGGAGGACAAAAGAUUCUGAGUCAUGAGACCAAGGCUAGAACUACCUACGUCCAGCGUUCUAACUGUGUGAGAUCACUGAAUGGGCCUCAUUGUUUAAGAGACUGAAGCUGGCUCUCCCAUUUCUUGCAUCUCAAAGCAUUGCUGGUAAAAUGGCAGCGACCCUCUGAACAGCGUCUUGGGCCACAGAUAUCCUUCACCUCCCUCCUCAGUAAUGCUUUAGUUAUAGAAACUGAAUGGCUAGACCACAGCCUCCUGGGCUGCAGGACCAAGUUGGAAGACCCAUCCUUACCCACU